AUGGAAACUCUCCUAGAGUUCCAAGCGUCCCCUGUCGCCAUAGUGGACGGCUUCAUUCAAGCUGGGGAGACCACUAUCACCAUGCGCUGCCACGACCGCGUAUUCAACGAUGUCGAAGUACGCGACGAAUCCGACGAGCUGCUAUUCACCGUAGAGAGCAAAGGCGUCGCGUCAAUGAGCUGGCGCCGCAUUGUCAAGGACGCAACUGGCACCCCGCUGUUCCAUUUCCGCAAGUUCUUCAACUACGGUGUGAAUCGCAACUGGACUGUCGAGAAUUCGAGUGGGGGCGAGCUCUGUACGCUAGAGCACGUCACUAAAUUUCUGAGGAAACAGCAUGCUGUCAAUUUGCUUAUUCACCAUAAUCAGGCUGACGAUGGCAAAGAAGCUACGGUCGAGAUUCGUCCGAAAGAUCAGGCUGGUCUUACGAUUCUGGUUAACAUUCGAGGCGCGAAUGUGGCUGAGAUACAGAUGACUGAAGUUAAUAUUCGUCGCAAGUGUGAUAGAAGCGUUUGGAAGGCUCGGAUUGCGGGCGGAGUAGACCUGACCCUGACUAUUGAGGUCAAUGUCUGUGACUCUACCGAGACUUAA